CAUCCUCCAUUGAAAUUAAUGUGGUGACUUCCGUAAGCUUACGUUGGAAACUUACCAUUAAAUACACGUAUUUUUUAGAUUUAUUUAGUGAACAAAAACAACUUGAAAAGAGCUCAAAACUUUUAGUUUAGCAGUUGAUAAAUUUCUCCAUUUAUUUGCCAUAUUCCUUUUUGAAUUCUGAACCAUGUCUGGAUAUUUCCGUAUGGGACCCGAGACUCACGCCAUCUCCAUGGAGAUGUAUCGGGAAAAUCGUGAGCGUACAAUGAAGGCCCUCAAAACUGCCACACCAGGUAUCAAGGAGGGUUCUGUGGUUCUCCUUCAGGGUGGUCAGGAUAAGAGUCUCUACGAUACGGAUGUGGAUUAUGUAUUCCGACAGGAAUCAUACUUCACUUACCUCUUUGGUGUCACUGAACCUGGAUGCUACGGUUGCGUGGAUGUCUUUACGUGUCGUAGUCUCCUCUUUGUACCACGUCUCCCGGAAGAGUAUGCAGUAUGGAUGGGACGUCUUCUAACCAAGGAGGACUUUAAGCUCAAGUAUCAAGUUGAUGAAGUUUACUACGCUGAUGAGGUAAACACGGUGCUUGCGUCAAGAAAUCCAGCCGUUAUUUAUGUUUUGAAAGGCAAGAAUUCCGAUAGUGGUCUGAUUGCUCAACCCGCUGAUUUCGAAGGAAUCGAUAAAUUCAAUGUGGAUUACGAUGCUCUGUUCCCAGUCAUUGCUGAAUGUCGAGUCAUUAAAUCACCGAAGGAAAUUGAAGUCCUUCGCUAUGUCUGCAAAGUAUCUUCUGACGCUCAUAAGAAGGUCAUGAAGUACGUCAGAGACGGUGUGUCUGAGUAUGAGGCCGAAGCUGUCUUUCUGGAGCAUUCCUAUCGCGUCGGCGGUUGCCGCCAUGUUUCGUACACGUGCAUUUGCGGGUCUGGCGAAAAUUCCGCCAUCUUGCAUUAUGGCCAUGCAGCAGCGCCAAAUGAUAAAAUCCUCCGCGAUGGGGAUAUGUGUUUAUUUGACAUGGGUGCUAACUAUGGGGGCUAUGCUGCUGACAUUACAUGCUCCUUCCCGGCUAAUGGACGCUUCACAGCGGAUCAGAAGAUCAUCUAUGAAGCUGUUCUUGAUGCACGCAAUGCUGUUCUUGAAGCUGCACGCCCUGGAGUUUCCUGGGUUGAGAUGCAUCGUCUGGCCAAUCGUACAAUGCUGAAGAAACUCACCGAGGGAGGUCUUCUGAAAGGUGACGUCGAUGAGAUGAUGCGUGCUGGAAUUAAUGGCGUCUUCCAACCACAUGGUCUUGGGCAUCUUAUUGGUCUCGACGUUCACGAUGUUGGGGGCUAUUUGUCGCACUGCCCUCCGCGUCCAACGGAGCCAGGCUUCAAGAGCCUUCGCUUUGCUAGACCUCUUCAAGCUGGAAUGUACGUAACCGUCGAACCCGGUUGCUACUUCAUCGACAUCCUCUUGGACCGUGCUCUCAAGGAUCCCCAGCAAAGUCGCUUCCUCAUUCCGGAGGCUAUUGCCCGUUUCCGCGGAUUUGGAGGUGUCCGAAUUGAAGAUGAUGUCCUCAUAACGGAAAAUGGUUGUGAGAACUUCACCAAAGUGCCAAGAACUGUUGCUGAAAUUGAAGCCUGGAUGUCUUCCAAGUAAUCCAACUACAUCAAGGAUAAAAUUACAAAUACACGGUGCAAGAAUUAAGAUGAAUUAAAUAUAUAAAUUUGAUGAAU